AUACACACCCGCCUUUAGCCAAUGGCAGAGCAGCCCGGCUGCUAGAUGCAAAUAUCCGGGCGGGAUGGGCGGGGUUAUGCAAAUGUCACCGGCGCUGCUCGGUCAGGCGGCGGCAGCUCCGGGGACACGAACGGGACCGGGACCGACACCGGGACCAGCACCGGGACCAGCACCGGGACCGACACCGGGGUCAGCACCGGGACCAGCACCGGGACCAGCACCGGAGCCUCCCCGGCUCCUCUGCAGCGCCGGGGCAGCCGCGGCCGAGCGGGCGAGGAGGAAGCGCCGCUGCCCAGCCCCAAACCCAGCGGAGGAGGCGAAAAUGGGCCGAAAAAAAAUCCAGAUCAGCCGGAUUUUGGAUCAGCGGAACCGGCAGGUGACCUUCACCAAGCGGAAAUUCGGGCUGAUGAAGAAGGCGUACGAGCUGAGCGUGCUGUGCGACUGCGAGAUCGCCCUGAUCAUCUUCAACAGCACCAACCGCCUGUUCCAGUACGCCAGCACCGACAUGGACAAGGUGCUGCUCAAGUACACCGAGUACAGCGAGCCCCACGAGAGCCGCACCAACUCCGACAUCCUCGAGACGCUGAAGCGCAAAGGGUUGGGGCUGGAGAGCCACGAGCUGGAGCUGGAGGAGGGCCCGGAGCCGCCCGGGGACAAAGGGAGAAGGCUCGGGGAGGGCGUGGAUCUGGCGCUGGCCCGGCCCAGGUUUUAUAGCCCGGUGUCCCUGCCCGAGGCCGCCUACGGCUGCUCCCCGCCGGGCACCGACAGCUCCCUGGGCAGCGCCAGCAGCUCCCCGCAGGGCCAGGGCCGCUCUCCUGCCUUCAGAGCCACCGCUCCAAAGCCACCGGGACGGUCCCCAGGGCCAUUGACCCCAGGUCUCAGCUACCCCCUGUUCCCUGCCGCCAGCCUGAGCCGCGCCCUGGCCACCAAGACGCCCCCGCCGCUGUUCCUGGGGGCCGAGGGCCGGCGUGGCGAGUCCCAGGGCAACCUGGCGAGCGGCCGGAGCGGCGGCAGCGCAGCGCGGCCGCUGUACCCCGCCCUGCAGACCCUGAGCCCCGUGCUCAGCCCGGGCAGCUCCAGCCUCCCGAGCCACGGCCUCGCCGGUUUCUCCUUCCUCAGCCCGGCCCCGGCGGAUUUUGGGGCUGGAGAGGUCCCGCCGCCCCCCGGGUUCCUGCAGCCCCCGGCGUGGCAGCACCCCCGGGACGUGACAGCGCUGGGCUCUGCCAGCCCUGCGAGGUGA